UAACGCAUGACUCGCAUAUAAAUAUAUGCAACUAUAAGUUGCAUUGAUAGUUAAUAUCUAUAAUCAUAUAUCACAAAGAAUUUCUAGAUAUGGAAAAGAAUUUGAAAGUAAAGACCAAAGCCAACUUAGAGAAAACAAGCUCUAAGCUAGAUGAGUUAGAGCCCGCGAGUCCAACAUCAGAAUACUUCUUGAGUGAGGUUGCAACAGUUUAUAUUCUUUCCAUUUUCGAAUUAGAGAUCCCUAUUGAUACUUCAUGCGUCUAUGCUUUCUUCAACGGCGUUUUUCUCAACAGUCAUCCCCGUUUUUCCUGUAUUCCGAUUAAAGGGGAAAAAGGAAGAAAUAUGUGGAAGAAAGUGGAAGUAAAUGUUGAAGAUCAUAUUAUAAAAGGCCCAAUUUUGCCAGAAGGUCUAACAACAGAAAUUUAUAGUAAGCAUUUAGAUGAUUACAUGUCCAAAAUAGCUACAACACCAUUUCAACUAAACAAACCUUUGUGGGAAGUUCACACUUUCAACUACCCUACAAACAAUGCAACUUCAACUUUGUUUGUUAAGUUUCACCAUGCUGUUGGUGAUGGCAUCUCCCUCAUGGGAGUUGUCUUCACCUGCCUUCGGAGAGUCGAUGAUCCUACGCUUCCUCUCACUUUCCCUACAAAAACUAGCAAUAAUACUUCAAGAGAAAAACAAAGGGCUAUUCAUAAUGUGAUGAAAACCUUAAGCGUUGUGCCUAGGUUUCUAUCCUCUAUUUUUACUUCGGUCUAUGAUUUUGGACAAACUCUUGGGGUGGUGUUGUUUGAAGACGAGUGUACUCCGAUUAGGUCCGGGAAUACCAACAUGCUUCUUCCAAGCUUGGCCCGAGUUUGUUCGGUCACUCUACCUCUCAGUGAUGUCAAGAGAAUCAAAUCACUUCUUAGAGCAACUGUCAAUGAUGUUAUUAUUGGUAUAAUCUCUUUUGCAACUCAAUUGUAUAUCCAAGAAAUAGACCAACGACGAUCAAACAACAGCGGCAUGACGGCAUCAAUAGCCCUCAAUACAAGGAGUAUCAAGGGAUAUGCAAAUCCGGAAAAGAUGCGCAAGGGAAAAACAUGGGGAAAUAGAAUUUCAGUGAUUGAACUAUCACUACCAAAAUAUAAAGAGGAAGAUCUUAAAAAUCCACUAAAUUUCAUCAUGAAAGUCCAAAAACUUAUGAAGAGAAAAAGGAAAAGCAUUGGUGCCAUCUAUCUCACGGCUUGGACCCUUGAUGCUAUAAAGAUAUUCGGAGGCUUUAAGGCAGCAGCUCGGGCCUUUGAAAAAAGCUGGAAAAAUUCAACCUUUGCAAUCACGAAUUUGAUUGGUCCAACUCAGCACGCCAGUAUCGCUGAUCAUCCCAUCAAAGGCUUUUACUUCGUACCAACUAGAUUGAACUUGAGUUUAACAGUUUCAGUGAUGAGUUACAUGGAUAAUCUAAGAAUUGGUUUAGUAGUUGAGAACGGCUUCAUCGAUCACCAAAGAUUAAUCACUUGCAUGGAAAAUGCCUAUCAAUUAAUUCUCCAAGCUGCCACUUCUUCUACAAAACCUACUGCACGGUAAAAUAAUUCGAUUUUUACAGAUUUUACCACAUAUAUAUAUAUAUAUAUAUAUAUAUAUGCUACAUGAGAGAAGAUUCGUUGUACGGUCAUACCACAUGAUUAUUGGAUCAAGGCUCAAACUCUACCAACUUGGGUGGUCCGAUAGACGCCAAAGUGUACAAACAAGCCCGUCUAGCUCAGUUGGUAGAGCGCAAGGCUCUUAACCUUGUGGUCGUGGGUUCGAGCCCCACGGUGGGCGUUAAUAAUUUGUUGUACUUUUGUUUCUCCUUGUGAUGAUAAGAAAAGUACUAGUACAACUAUUGCCAAUUGGUUUACCUUUACUA